AUAACGAAGUGCUGCAGAAAUUUCCAAGGAGCCAUUGAAUCAUCUGCUUAUAGCCUUCUCUAACCAACAAGUGGUAUCAGAGCCCAUUAUCACGCAUUUGGGACCUAAAUUACGAUGGGAGAUAAGGAGGACUCUGGUGGAGAUGAUACUUCAGUCCAAGGAAGCAGCUCAACCCAAGAUUCUGGCAUUGCAGCGCAAAGGGGAGCGCAUACAAGCCAGGGGUCACUGCUUAAGGAGGUGCUGAAGAACUUCACCAUUGAGAAGUUCUCUGGAGAUGGCUAUGACGAUUGGGCAUGGAAGAUGCAGCUCUACUUUCGACAAAUUGGCCUCUUGAAGCUCAUGAUUGGAACGGAGCCCAGGCCAAAGGAAAUGGCAGAGCAAGCGGACUGGGACGAACGGGAGAGUGCUGGUAUUGCAAGGAAGAAGGGCAUCCAUGGUUUCGCUGCUCUACCAAGCCCGACUGGUGGACCCCUUGGAACCAAUCGCAAAAGGGGAAUGGAGGAAAGCAACCACGUGGAGGUGCCAACAUGGGGCUGCGAGGAGAUCGUGUGUUAUGGGAUUUACACGAAAGCAGAGAUGUCUUCAGAUCCAUGUGGCACAUCCCUGCGCUGAUAUGGGAAUCAACAAAGAAGGAGUUGGGAGCAGUAAAGGCGGGAUCUGGAG